AGUCAAACCAACUCUGAGAUCAUUUCUUUCGAGCCUCAUCAACAGUGAAGACACCAUCACUCUGAGCUGUGAUCUGCAGGACUGGAGAGAAUGGGAGUUCUUCUGGUACAGAAAUUCAAAGAAGUGAGCAAUGUAGCGACAGAUACCAACACAUUUAGUGUGAAUGUCAAUCAUGCACUAGAAACGGAGUAUCAGUGUUCAGCACACUGGAGAAGUGAUUACAGAUACUACACACAGCUCAGUGAUCCUGUCAAGAUCACAGCAAAAGAAAAACCCAAACUGACUGUGAGACUGAAUCUUCAGAGCUUCAUCUACACUGGAGACACCAUCACUCUGAGCUGUGAGCUGCAGGAGACAGGAUGGGAGUUUUUCUGGUACAAUAAUUCACAGUUUAAGAGGAAUGAACCCAGAGAUACCAACACACUCAGUGUGAGAGUUGAUUUUGCAGGAGAAACAGUGUAUCAGUGUCGUGCAAGCAAGAAAAUCUACAACAUCUAUAACAACUACGACUACAUCUACACAAGACUCAGUGAUUCUGUCACCAUUACAGCAGAAGAAAGACCCAAACCAGUGGCAUCUAUAAAUCCUGAUAAACAGGUGUUCAGUGGAGACACUGUCACUCUGAGAUGUGAGAUACAGGAUGAAAGUGUAUCUAGGUGGCAGUACAGCUGGUAUAAAGAUGCUUCACUCAGUCCUGUCAGUAGUGUACAGAUGUACACAAUCAGUAGUGUUGAAGUGACACACACAGGUAAAUACACCUGUAAAGGAAGAGAGAGUGGAGGCUCACGUUCCUCACACCUCAGUGAUGCUGUUACACUGACUGUAUCAGAGAGACCAUCAGUACUGAGUGUAUCUCCACAGAACUGGCUGACUGAAGGAGACUCAGUGACUCUAAGCUGUGAGGUUACAGACUCCUCUACAGACUGGACAUUCAGCUGGUACACAGUUGUUCCCUACAGAGACGGUGUAACUGCAACACAAUAUACUCAUGGCUUUAUCAUGUAUGUGGAGCUUCUCUCAGACAGCAGCAGAGGAUCUGGAGGCUCCUACACUCUCAGUCCUUCUGCUCUUCAUCACACAGGAGUUUAUGUGUGUAGAGGAGAGAGAGGAGAACCAGUCAGUCACACACUGUACAGCAAUCCACAGCCUCUAUGGAUCUCUGGUGAAUCUCCUCCAGUGUCUCUGAUCAUCAUUCCCAGCAGAACUCAACACUUUACUCGUGACUCUCUCUCACUGAGCUGUGAGGACCAGAGUAACUCUACUGGAUGGACAGUGAGACGAUACACAGACAGUGAAGGAGUGUUAGAUUGUUCACAGUGGGGAUCAGUUACAGGAUCUACAUGUAACAUCAGCUUCCUCUCCACAAACUAUACUGGAGUUUACUGGUGUGAGUCUGAAUCUGGAGAAAACAGUAAUCCUGUCAACAUCACAGUUCAUGGUGAGUCUUCAUAUGGUGGUGUGAUCCUGGAGAGUUCUGUCCAUCCUGUGACUGAGGGACAUCCUCUGACUCUACACUGUUUAUAUCAUAACACAAAUCCCUCAAACCUCCGAGCUGAUUUCUAUAAAGAUGGAUCAGUCGUCCCGAAUCAGACUACAGGAGAGAUGAUCAUCCAUAAAGUCUCAAAGUCAUAUGAAGGUUUCUACCACUGUAAACACCCAGAGAGAGGAGAGUCACUGAGAAGCUGGAUCUCA